GUUUCCAGUCUCAUAUUCUCUUCUGGCUGUUCUUCCCCUACUUGGCUUUUCACGUUCCUACACUACCUACAUAGUGUGGUGGCACCGCGCAACCAUCCCACCCUGACAACAACCUCUUUCUCCAAAUCAGUUCGUGACUGAAACUUGGAAACACGGGUGCCCUGUGUUUACUAAUUAGUCCAUCGUCAUCGUCAUCAUUUGACGUCCAAUCCGUAGCAUUGGCCACUUCCGUCUUUGUCGUCUACCUUUAAGCCAAGAAAUGCCACUUCAGUUCCAACCCUCAUAACACUGCAGUAUUCGCCAUGUCGUUGACUUCCGCUUCCACUCCCACUUACCGUGCUGGUUGGGCCAAGGCCUCCUCUCUGGCUUCUGGCGCCGCUGUAGUUCGCCACCACCAUCAUCAACAACAGCAAACACGAGGCUUUCGCUUCGGUCGUACGUGGUCAUCCUACCUCGACCCCGAGUACACUCAAGAUGUCUGCCAUCGCCAACGCAGAAUUCGCUACAAAUACUUCCAGACCUUGAACCGCCGACUCUCGUGGGAGCAGCACCCCUUGGCCGAGAAUGCCAAGUCGACCAUCAAGCGCAUGUCCAAGGACUAUUGGUACCCCGUUGAGCAGGAAAACGCAGGGCGGCGACAUCUCGACGAGGAAAUUGCUGCCAACACCAUCAACAACCCAACCGGCAUCCGACCAGGUCAAAACAUCGAAGAUGCAGAGCGUGCACCCCUGGAGGACUUGCUGUUCGGAGACGCCAAGACACAGAUCAAGACAAAGGCAGAGGCGCCUCUUGAGAAGUCAAAGCGCAGUCGGGGCAACAAGAACAAGUCCAAGUCGGUGAAGGCGGACUCUGAAUACGUGAUUGACCCCAUCACCAACCGCAAGGUCCUCAAAUCGGCCACAUUCGGCCUCGAUAGCAAGGCUCCGCUAUCCAGUCCCUAUACAUCUCAGUUUACCAACCUCAACCCUCCAGAGCUAGACACCUCCAAACCCAUUUUCUAUGACGGCCCUCCUCCAGAGGCGGAGCUCAAGGUCUAUAGCCAGGUCAAGGUCGACGACGCCCCAUGGAACCCCAUUGACCCAGCAUCUGCCCCGUCUCUUUCAGAUGUGCUCCUCAAGGACACACCUGCCCCUGACCUGCUCAACGCCCUGUCGUCGGAUCAAGCUAAAGUGUCUUGGCACCCUAACGCGGGAAUUGCCGCGACCACAGCCGUGCCGCCUUUGGGUUCCCAACCGCAACCGGUAGCUAAUGAGGUAUCCGAGGCCAUCAACAAGCAAGAAGCGACAUAUGAGGACCUCAACAAGUACGGACCUGUCAAGGCACACGAACCUGAUGGCAAGUACAAGGACACUCCUGAAGUGCCUGCCGACGAAACAGAAUUGGGCAAGUAUGGCGCAGUUCGCAGCCAUGAACCCGAUGGCAAGUACAAGCAGGCCUCGGAGGAGACUGUCGACAAGGCGGAGCUUGGCCAAUACGGCGCCGUCCGCGCCCACGAGCCCGAUGGCAAGUACAAGGAGCAAAAGGAAUUUACCAACACUCAAGAAUACGACCCUGCUGAAUUGGCCGAAUACGAUUCCGUCCGGGUUCACGAGCCUGACGGGAAAUAUAAGAAGGAAAAGGGAGUCAACAACUACGAUGAAUACGACCCCGCCGAACUAGCUGAAUACGGUUCCGUCCGGGCUCACGAGCCUGACGGCAUGUACAAGAAGGAAAAGGCAGUCAACAACUACGACGAAUAUGAUCCCGCGGAGCUGGCCGAGUACGAUGCAGUCCGUGUUCACGAGCCGGACGGCAUGUACAAGAAAGAAAAGGGAAUCAACAACUACGACGAAUAUGAUCCAGCCGAACUAGCCCAGUAUGACGCAGUUCGUGUUUAUGAGCCGGACGGCAUGUACAAGGAGCAGAAGUCAUUCAGCAACACUCAAGAAUACGACCCUGCCGAACUAGCCCAGUAUGACGCAGUUCGCGCCCACGAGCCCGAUGGCAUGUACAAGAAGGAGAAGGAGUUCGUCAAUUACUCCGAGUAUGAUCCUGCCGAGCUGGCCGGCUAUGGUGCCUUCCGCGCCCACGAACCUGAUGGCAUGUACAAAAAGGAGAAGGAAUAUACCAACUACUCCGAGUACGAAGAUCUAGAUGCGUACGGUAAACCAUUCCUCAGCCAUGAGCCCGAUGGGAAGUACGCUGCGGAGAUGGCGCGCGCUGAGCCUAGGUCAGAACCUUCGGUACUAAAGGAGCUCCGCGAGCGCCAGCAGCCUGCCAUUGGUGCGGGACUGGAAGGAGAUGCAGUCGACGCGGCCAAGCUUUCCGAGGAACUGUCUCAGUAUGGUGCAUUCAGAAGCCAUGAGCCCGAUGGCAAGUACGCCGCUUCUGCUCAAGGGCAGAGGCAGGCCCACGCCGCAGAGGAAGACACUCUCAGCGAAGAGAACCCCUUGGAAGCCUUCACCUACGAAGAUGCCCAGACCACCAAAUCGUCUGCGGUCUCGAAGCCACAACCCGUUGAGCCCACCACCACCAACCCAACCGUCUACAAAAUCCUCGCUUUUAACCCCGACACUCAAUUCGUCGAAGAAGCUGAGACCACCUCCAGCAUUCUCCCCUCCAACUCCAACACCCCUACCUCUCCCGCCGACGUGCUAACCCGCCUCACCAACAUCUCCAAGUUUCUCCCACACUUUGCCCGCAUCGAGUCUCAAGGGUUUGAGAUCGUAGCCGGCUCCGGGGACGUUCUUGUUUUCCGCAAGGUCCGGGAAGGCGUCACUUCCCCUCUUCAAUCCCAGACCGUUCAUGAGCCCACCGCCGCGAGACAAGCGGUUGCGCAGGCGGAUGGUACCCUCGCAACAAGCAGCGGCGGCGGCCCCAUCAACCCCGUUGACAUGACGGGCGGAAGCCUGAGCGGCGGGAAGAGAGAUUACCACGUUGCUACGGGCCGGUUUGCUAGUCCGACGGGAUUUGUGAACUAUAACUUGCCUAGCUCUACUACUGCGGCCAGUGCCAGUCAGAGUCAGAGUCCGUCCUCUGCGAGUGAAAAGGUUCAUUAUGAACAGGCUGCUGCUGAGACCCAGCAGCAGCAGGAACAGAAGCAGCAGAAGCAGGAGGAGGAGGUGGGGCAGCAGCAGAGAAAGAAGGCAAGCCUUACCAAGCGCGCAGUAAUGGGCGCCGCCUGGAUUGCCGGGGGGGCCUACUCGGUUGGUGUAGUGAAGGAUUUCUUCAAGACUGGUGGUGUGGAUGGAAAGGGAUCGAAGGGUCUCUAAGUUCUUUUUACUUUUUUCCUUUUCUUUUUCUUUUUGUU